CUCUAAGUCCCAGCUUGUAGGCAGAGGCUCAGCUAGGCGCCGAGAGAGGCGCGGAGCGCAGAGGCGAGGAACCGGCCCGGCGCGCAAUUUUCAGUGGAGCCGGUUGUUCCCACCCGGGGACUCUCUGGUGGAGCCGAGCCCAGCAAAUGGGCGCGUGAGAAAGGAGAGCGGGGAAAUGGACUGCUAUUUGCGUCGUCUCAAGCAGGAGCUGGUGUCCAUGAAGGAGGUGGGCGAUGGCUUGCAGGAUCAGAUGAACUGCAUGAUGGGGGCACUGCAAGAACUGAAGCUCCUACAGGUGCAGACAGCAUUGGAACAGCUGGAGAUCUCUGGAGGGGGUCCUGCCCCAGGCUGCCCUGAAAGCCCCCGGACACAGCCCAAGCCGCCCCCUCGAUGGGUAGAUGGCAGGGACCCCUCCAGGCCAACAGCCCCACCCACCAACCAGCCUCCCGUUGGCAGCAGCACCAAGUUUCCAUACCAUAGGAAUGUCUGGGGGACGGAUCUGGCCCCCCUGCCCAGGACACAGCUGCCAGAGCUCCAAAGCUGUGCCCAACAGGUGCCAGAACAGGUGAAACCGGAUGACUGGACCUCCACGUUGAUGUCCCGGGGCCGGAAUCGACAGCCUCUGGUGUUAGGGGAUAACAUCUUUGCGGAUCUGGUGGGCAACUGGCUGGACCUGCCAGAACUGGAGAAGGGUGGGGAGAAGGGUGAGACUGGAGAGACAAGCGAAUCUAAAGGAGAGAAGGGCCAGCCCCGGGAGCUGGGCCGCAAGUUUGCCCUGACAGCAAACAUCUUUAGGAAGUUCUUGCGUAGUGUGCGGCCUGACCGUGACCGGCUGCUGAAGGAGAAACCAGGCUGGGUGACACCCAUGGCCUCUGAGCCCCGAGCUGGACGCUCCCAGAAGGUCAAGAAGCAGAGCCAUUCCAAGGGUCCUGGACAUGUCCCCUUUCCAGGCCCUGGGGAGCCUACAGGAGGGGAAAAUUCCUCCACAAGUUGCCCCAAGGCCCUGGAACCCUCACCCUCUGGCUUUGAUAUUAACACAGCUGUUUGGGUCUGAAUCCUAGAGACAGAAAGUUCACUGCACCCAAGACAGCCAGGUCCCAAGGCUGGUCCCCGGGGAGGAAAGAGGGAGGGAGGACAGAUGACUUUCAAAAGGCCAACUCCAAGUUCCUUUCCCCCCAGAAGGGUGAGAGGCUGGCAGAAACAGCUCCUAGUCUCCAAGCAAGAGUUCUUGUGUAGGGCUGGCAGGCUGGGGUUGGGAGAGGCUUAUCGCAGGAGCUGGGUGGUGGUGAGGUGCAAAUUGGUGGAGAGAGAGAGAGUGUGUAUGUGUGUGUUGUGUGGUGGUGUGUUCUCCCUUGGGGGCUACCGGUGACAGCAGAAGAGGGGCAGGAGGUUGAGAUCAGGGAAUCCCUCCGCUAUUCCUUCAGUGCCCUCAAAGACGUCAGUUGAACAUUCUGUAUGGAAAAGGGCACUGGGGCCUCAGGUUCCCCACAGAGGCCCUCAAUAAAGACCUCACCUUCUGAUGCCCCAACCUUAAAACUAUUUGCUUCCCUGGCAAGGCAGUGCUCCAGCAUAGGUACUGAACCCCAGCCCUCCUGGGAGUCAGACGUGAGUGAGGCAAAUCCCCACCCCACCUUGUGGAUCCAGAGAAAUGGGCUGAAUAAGGAGUGUAUGGAUAAAGACUAUUCAGUGAAGCCCCAAAUGCUCCUUAGAGUCUUCCCAAAAGACUCCAAGGGAGUGGAAUGAUCAUAUUUGUAUAGCACUUUACACUUGAAAACCCUUUCAUAUCCAUGAUCUUACUUGUAAGGGGACAAGUAAGGUAGAUAGUACCCCCCCACCCCAAUUUCCAGAUGGGCAAACCAGCCUAGUUAUGCUAUUUUUCCAAGAUGGCACCGUGGGACAAAGCAGGCCAGGUUCAAGUGCAGAUGCUGGGCCCUGGCGUCACGCCCACUCCUUCCCCAGCUGUACUUGGGACCUGCCUCUAACUCCCACCCAGGACACCCAGGACCUGUAAACUCGCCUGUGAGGCGAAUACAAGCUCUAAAGAAAUCCUCGCUCCUUUUCAAAUUCCUAGCUAGGUGGGGCCGGCCCCCUCCGCACCCAGGUCAGCCAAAGCGGAGGGGACGGGGCGGGGACUGCAGCUCAGCUCCCAGCUUCAACGCCGACGUCUAAAGCUUCUCUAUAGCCAUUCCGAGCACGCGGCCGGAGCAAGAGGCGGUGCGAUCAAGGGGCCCGCCUCGGCCCGCCCCCUGGAAGCCACCGCCCCGCCCCCUGGCCUGGAAAAGGCUAUGUGGGUCUCAGUUUAGAUCCUUCACGGCUACUCUGGUUCCUCUCCCCCUCCCGCCUGAGCACCCCUCAGCCUGAUGGGGUGUGACAGCUGCAGUUAGAAGCAAGAAGCCAUCCUAGCCUCAGAGCAUUAAUAGCAAAGUGGAGAUGAAAAAUAAG